CCCUUUUCUCUCUGGCUCAGUCAGUCUGAGUUCGGCCUGCUGGGAGGAGGACACGGAGCGGAGGUGAGGAGGGGCGAAGGAUGGACCCUUGCCGGCUGUACCAUUUGACUAUGUGGGCAGCUUCCUGCAGCUGGUCAUGCCUCAAUGGACUACCAGAAGAGAUGCAGGCCCACCCUCAGCAGGGGACUCGCACGCAGGCCUACUCCAACGCCGGCUACAGUUCCUUCUCUUCUCCCACAGGUUCUGAGCAGAGCUGUAAGGCUUGUGGGGUGCACUUCAACAACUCCUCCCUGAAGCACAUCUGCUUGGACUGUAAAAAGAAUUUCUGCCCAGACUGUUCGCAUCAGCCCGAAAGUGGCCCCUGCCUUUGCCUCCUCUGCGAGCGGUUCCACGCCACGAACUUCCAGCGGGAGGAGCUGAUCAAGAUGAAGGUGAAGGACUUGCGGGACUACCUGGAGCUCCGGGAGAUCUCCACAGAGAUGUGUCGCGAGAAGGACGAGCUGGUGUUUCUGAUCAUCGGCCAGCAGCACCCCGUCCCCCAAGGGGACAGGACUACUUGGGCCACGCUGUUUACGGCGGACUCCACUGUGACGCAGCCGGACUUUGAGGCUGUGCCGCAAACCAGGUUGCCGACCCUACCUACCUCAAUGGAUGUCUCUCCAGCGUUGGACUCGCCAGAUCUGUCCUUGGAGUCAGAGGAGGCCGCCCCCCCCCAGGCAAAUGGGCGUGUGCCACCAAGCCAAGAAGACAUGGCGGAAGUCGAGAACGCAGCCGAAGCACUGACUGAGGAGGAGGAGCCGCAGUCCACCGACUCGGAGGAUACCUUGGUUUUGGGACGCAGGGCCUCGCUCUCGGACCUGACGAGCGUGCAGGACAUUGACGCCCUCUCGGUGCGGCAGCUGAAGGAAAUCCUCGCUCGCGACUCCGUGGAUUAUAGCGGCUGUUGCGAGAAGUGGGAGCUGCUGGAGAGGGCGACCCGCCUGUACAAAGAGAAGGGCCUUCAGCAGCUGGUUUGCGGCACAGACGCUCCAAACGCUACAUCCAGUAAUGCCGCGCUCCCCGGCUGGGAAGAGAACCUCUGCAAAGUCUGCAUGGACUCGGCCAUCGACUGUGUCCUCCUGGAGUGCGGUCACAUGGCGACCUGCACGCAGUGCGGAAAGCAGAUGAACGAGUGCCCCAUUUGCCGGCGGGACGUGGUCAGGGCCGUCCACGUCUUCAGGUCUUAA